AUGUCAUCUCCAGGAAUGGGCACCCCCAGUGACCCCCUGUUGGCCAGCCCAGGAGGGAGGUCAUCAGAGAGGUCACUGGGUGCCACUAAUGAUGGCCUCUGGAGGAGCUCCAUGCCCAAGACCGCCAGCUUCCCAUCGUCUACCACACGCCUCCUGAGUCACCGUGCCAACAACUUCCAGAGACACCCGAAGCGGCGGAAGCUGAUCAGACCGUCCCCGCCCCCUCCGCCCAACACCCCCUGCCCCCUAGAUCAGCUGGACCUCAGUGAGCUGCCCCCUCGCCGCACCUUCCCUGAGCUGCUCUUCAAUGGCUGUGUCCUGUUUGGCAUUGAGUUCAGCUACGCCAUGGAGACGGCCUAUGUCACCCCUGUCCUGCUACAGAUGGGUCUGCCAGAUGAGUUCUACAGCCUGGUGUGGUUCAUCAGCCCUAUAUUGGGUAAUGAAGUGGCAGGGAGAGAUGAAGUAGAUACAGAAAGUCCUGUUUUAUUGGAAAAAGAUAGUACAUAACUAUGCUUUGAAUAGUAUAGUUAAAUUAUAUUGAUGUUCUCAUCAGCAUAUCCCAUUGAAUGCCCCUAAAUCCUUCUCCUUUCUCCUCAUGGUUUUAAGGAUUCCUGGUCCAGCCUCUCCUGGGAGCUUGGAGUGACCGUUGUACAUCCCGCUUUGGCCGUCGGAGACCGUUUAUUUUAGCCUUGGCUAUUGGUAAGGAAUAUUCUGUCUUGCAAGGCUCUCCCUCCUCUGGUGAAAAUGGGUUCAUGUUUUUAACUAAUAUUGUAGUCCUGAAGUGGAGUUCUCUGUUUUACCUUUGUAGGAGCUCUGCUUGGUUUGACACUGGUGCUGAAUGGGCGAGACAUUGGAGCUGCGGUGGCAGACACAGCAACCAAUCACAAGUGGGGCAUCAUACUGACUAUUUGUGGAGUGGUUCUGAUGGACUUCAGUGCGGACUCAGCAGAUAAUCCCAGCCACGCCUACAUGAUGGACGUGUGCCUGCCAGAGGACCAGGACCGUGGCCUCAAUAUUCAUGCACUGCUGGCAGGUUAGAGAGCACUGUAAACACUAACUACUGGUCAGUCAGGGAACGCUAUACACUACUGGCUGGUUCGAGAACGUCAUACAUACCCAUAGGCUAUAACACUCACCACUGGUAGGUGAGACAGUAAAAUGUACAUAUAAAACACUUCUGACAAUGUAGAGUUAAACAUAACAUAUAUAAUACGUCUAAGAUGUGAUAGAGUGAUAGCAUAAUCAAAUGUCAUUGCCAUGAUGAUCAGUUCUAUGAUGAUUAUGUCCCACUCUCUCUAUGCAGGUCUGGGUGGUGGAUUCGGGUACAUCGUGGGUGGAAUUAACUGGGACCACACUGAGUUUGGGAGGUCAAUGGGAGGUCAACUUCGAGUCAUAUACAUGUUCACCAGUGUCACUUUGGUCAUUGCCACAUGCAUGACCCUCAACAGCAUCCCAGAGCGGCCCCUGCCAAAGACGCAGCCUCAGAAGAACUCUAAAAACUCUCUAAAGAGCCCCAGCCUCCCUCUGCCCCCCUCUCCCCCUAUCCCACCGGGGGCAAGCCUGGGAUUGGAAGAGGAAGAUGAGAGGCUUUAUAGCUACCAGUUCUCUGAACCCCACCCCUCGAACCCUAACCCCAUGGCACACUCCUGUAGUGCCAACGCACGCCUCUGUGCCGGCCUCACCAGCCCCAUCUCACCCCUCAGCCCCCUUACUCCUAAAUAUGGCAGCUUUAUCAGUCGGGAUAACUCUCUCACUGGCAUCAAUGAGUUCGCCUCAUCCUUGGGAACAUCCUAUAUUGACAGUGUGCUCAUCGACUGCUACACCGGACAGCCAUCGCCACAGCCCCUUGACCAGGACACUGCAGCCCGACCACUGCCUCCAGGGGACACCCCACCUCCCCAGGGAUCUCAGCCUGGAACUGGGUCACAGGCUGGAGCACUAACCGUGGCUGGGACAGUGGCCCUGGCUGGGGCAGGAUCCCAGGCCGGGGCGGCUCAGAUGGGGGCAGGGUCCCAUCGAGGUUCGUCCGCUGGUAUCCUGAAGCGCCCUCAGAGCCUUGCGCUAGUGGAGGAGCCAAUGGUGAUCCAGAGUGGAGGGCUGGAAAAUGGCCGCAGAAGAACGGUGACCUUCAGUCAGCAGGUCAGCCUGGAGUUUAAUUCCUCUGAUUAGUUUGUUAACAAAUUAUCAUGUUGAGAUAAUUCAUGUAUCUGAUUCUUCUUGUUCUUCCUGUGAUAAAGGUGGCAAACAUUCUGCUGAAUGGGGUGCGCUAUGAGAGUGACCUGAGUGAAAAUGUGGAGACAGCAGAUUCACAGAUGUCAAUGAGGCUACUGUGUAUCGCCAUCUACAGGAUGCCUCCGUCACUGCGCAGCCUCUGCACUAACCAUUUUUUGGGUGAGAGUCAUGUCACUCAUGUGCUUGUGUUUCAUUGUCUGUAUGCCUACUAAGGUUAAAAUCACCAGUGAUGAUGUCACCGCAGCUGUCUGUACUCCAGUGGAAGCUGUGUGAGUAUGUCUAUGUAGAUAUGAGCUAUCUGCCACCCUGUCUUGAUCCUGUAGGUUGGCUGUCCUUUGAGGGCAUGCUGUUGUUCUACACUGACUUCAUGGGGGAGGUAGUGUUUGAGGGAGACCCCAAAGCACCCCACGACUCUGAGGCCUACCAACGCUACAACGCUGGGGUCAGCAUGGGCUGCUGGGGCAUGUGCAUCUAUGCAUUCAGCGCUGCCUUUUACUCAGGUGAGUCCUGCACACACAAACACACACACACACACACUCAUAAACACUAAAAGAAAACACACACACACAAACACACACAUUUUAAAUACUUUAUUUGAAUCCAUAAAUCACAUUGUAUUCAAGAAGGAUUCAAACAUUUCAAAGGUCAUUGUAUGCAUGGACACUUAAGGAUACAGAAAGCACCUUCUUUUCCAAACAGCUACGCUGCCUAUAACAGUACCUAGCCAGUUGCUUUGCUUUAGUCUUAGGCAGGCCAGCGAUAUGGAGGCCACGUACUGUGAGCCUAUAUACGUUGCAGAGACUGCCAAAUAUCAUUGAUACUAACUUGCACUUGUAUCCAAGGCUGUCCAAGUGUGAUACGAGGGGCUGGUAUUUGAGGAGCUUGUCAGCAAAGGCCUGCUUCAUGUAACAGUCAAAUGACUAGCCCCUUCCAAAAUCAGCACCUCCCCCUGGCCUCCCUCACAACAACAAUAGCAUCAAAAUCGUUAAAAGGUUUGAAAAAAACGAUUCUAAUAAAUGCAAAAGUUGGACAAUUGAUGAAGAUGCUCCAAACUUUUUGAAAUGUUUUUUAUCUAUCAGAUAUUGACUGAAUUAUAGAACAUAAAACAUUUUACUGGCACAGACAAAUAAUGAGAUGUAAGAUUUUGGAGGGAAUUCAGGUUUUCAAUUUGAAAUAUUGCCACUUUUUUCUUAGAAUGCACUCAUAUAUACAUUUUCUAAUGGUAUCAGUUAUUUAUUUAAAUAUUUUGUGUUAAACAGAGAAAGUUAUAUGUGCUUCAUUUGCAUAAAUACAAUGGGAGCGUUUGCAUAUAACUGCCUCAUCAAUUACUGUUGUUGUCAUGUUCUGUUGCAUAAUUCAACAAGGGUUUCAAUAGCAGAAUAUCCUCAGAUAAAAAAUCAACAGGCUUGGCUCUAGAUUACACCAAUCUAUACAUACUUUACAUUGUUUGUGAGAUCAGACAUAAUUUCACUAUAAUCUGAGUGUUCAUUUUCGGAAGCUGCUUUAAUUUCAGCGCAUCUAAUUUGUAAACAUUUCAACUGUAUUAAAUGAUUCCUUUUUUAAAUUCCACAAAAGGUCCCGUGUAGCUCAGUUGGUAGAGCAUGGCGCGUUGCAACGCCAGGGUUGUGGGUUUGAUUCCCACGGGGGGCCAGUAUGAAAAUGUAUGCACUCACUAACUGUAAGUCACUCUGGAUAAGAGCGUAUGUAAAAACAUUUUUUUUUAAAUGAACACCCAUCAAAAUCAGUGGUGAUUUUAGAAUGUAAAUGUUGGUGGGGCAAACAAAACAAAAAAAUGUUUAGAUACAUGCCAGCAAAGAACCUACACAACACUAAACAAUACAUUAAUUGCACUAUAACGGUGACAAACGGUGUCCACAAACUGUUAGGGCCUUCAUAAAGCUGUCCCAACAGCAGAGCUUUCUAAUCAGCACCAUGGAGGGAAUCCUUACCACUGCUACACCUGGCUAUUAAUUCAGCCUCAUAUAAUGAACACUCAGAUUAUAGUGAUAUUAUUGUGGUCCUCUGUAGCUCAGCUGGAAGCAAGGUAGUGGGUUCGAUCCCCGGGACCACCCAUACACAAAAAUGUAUGCACGCAUGACUGUAAGUCGCUUUGGAUAAAAGCGUCUGCUAAAUGUCUUAUUAUUAUUAUUAUUAUUUACUACCUUUUUUUUAAACAUAGCUGAUCUGGCUGACUUGCUUAAACAAAUGUGGUUUCUACUGACAAUUGAGAUGUACAAACUAUGGCAUAAGGGGACGACGAGCGGAUCAAAUCAAAUGUUAUUUGUCACAUGUGCCGAAUACAACAGGUGUAGACCUUACAGUGAAAUUCUUACUUACAAGCCCUUAACCAACAAUGCAGGUUUAAGAAAGAAUACCUAAAACAUUUUUUUUUUUUAAAGUCACAAAUAAUUAAAGAGCAGCAGUAAAAUAGCUAUAGCGAGGCUAUAUAUAGGGGGUACCGGUACCGAGUCAAUGUGCGGGGGCACCAGUUAGUCGAGGUAAUUGAGGUAAUAUGUACAUGUAGGUAGAGUUAAAGUGACUAUGCAUAGAUAAUAUACAGAGAAUAGCAGCAGCGUAAAAGAGGAGGGAGGCAGGGGGGCAAUGCAAAUAGUCUGGGUAGCCAUUUGAUUAGAUGUUCAGGAGUCUUAUGGCUUGGGGGUAGAAGCUGUUUAGAAGCCUCUUGGACCUAGACUUGGUGCUCCGGUACCGCUUGCCAUGCGGUAGCAGAGAGAACAGUAUACGACUAGGGUGGCUGGAGUCUUUGACAAUUUUUAGGGCCUUCCUCUGACACCGCCUGGUAUAGAGGUCCUGGAUGGCAGGAAGCUUGGCCCCAGUGAUGUACUGGUCCGUACGCACUACCCUCUGUAGUGCCUUGCGGUCGGAGGCCGAGCAGUUGCCAUACGAGGCAGUGAUGCAACCAGUCAGGAUGCUCUCGAUGGUGCAGCUGUAUAACCUUUUGAGGAUCUGAGGACCCAUGCCAAAUCUUUUCAGUCUCCUUAGGGGGAAUAGGUUUUGUUGUGCCCUGUUCACGACUGUCUUGGUGUGCUUGGGCCAUGUUAGUUUGUUGGUGAUGUCGACACCAAGGAACUUGAAGCUCUCAACCUGCUCCACUACAGCCCCGUCGAUGAGAAUGGGGGCGUGCUCUGUCCUCUUCUUUUUCCUGUAGUCCACAAUCAUCUCCUUUGUCUUGAUCACGUUGAGGGAGAGGUUGUUGUCCUGGCACCACACGUCCAGGUCUCUGACCUCCCUAUAGGCUGUCUCGUCGUUGUCUGUCAUCAGGCCUGAUCAGGCCUACCACUGUUGUGUCAUCGGCAAACUUAAUGAUGGUGUUGGAGUCGUGCCUGGCCAUGCAGUCAUGAGUGAACAGGGAGUACAGGAGGGGACUGAGCACGCACCCCUGAGGGGCCCCCGUGUUGAGGAUCAGCAUGGCGGAUGUGUUGUUACCUACCCUUACCACCUGGGGGUGGCCCGUCAGGAAGUCCAGGAUCCAGAUCUAGAGGGAGGUGUUUAGUCCCAGGGUCCUUAGCUUAGUGAUGAGCUUUGAGGGCACUAUGGUGUUGAACGCUGAGCUGUAGUCAAUUAAUAGCAUUCUCACAUAGGUGUUCCUUUUGUCCAGGUGUGAAAGGGCAGUGUGGAGCGCAAUAGAGAUUGCAUCAUCUGUGGAUCUGUUGGGGUGGUAUGCAAAUUGAAGUGGGUCUAGGGUUUCUGGGAUAAUGGUGUUGAUGUGAGCCAUGACCAGCCUUUCAAAUAUGAGGCAAUCCGUAAUUUCGUUUAAGCCAUUAAUGAGCGAGCUAGGACGGACAUAGUCAAUAUAACUAUUUGUUCAGCACGACAGAAUUCAUAACGUGCCGUUCUUACAAUAUUCUCCCUGUACACCAGGUCAGAACCGUAGGAUAAAUAAAGGGGGCAUAUAAGCAGACAAUGAAAGCUCUUACAAUAUUCAAUGAUUACGUUUCUCUAAAACAGGCUAUAGGCUACAUGUGCACCACCAAGUCAGAACAGUAGGCUAAGUUAUGAGGGGGAAAGGGACCAAAUUAUUAGGGUGAGGCACAUGGGCUACUAACAGCUUACUACACAACAUACACUUAGUAUUACUUUCUUAGCUACAGUAUACAUAUCUCCCUGGCCUAUUACAUUAUUUAUGCAGCAGCAUACAAUACAUUUUUGGACUCACCUAGUUGUGCUGUGCUCACUUGAACAGUAAGGUGGCGCGGCGGUCCUUCUUGUGGGCAAAUAUUGUUAUCAAACUUUGUCAUCUAAGUCUGGCAUUCUCUGGAUUUAUGGUGCUUUCAAGAAAACUGGGAACUAGGGGGAAAAAACAAGGUUGAAUCAUGACGUCAGUGAUCUUCAGGUCGGAGCUCUAGAAAGAGGCCAGAGUUCCUGACUUGGAAUUCCGAGUUGGAUGACCGUUCAAAAUCUAUUUUCCCAGUCGGAGCUAGUUUUUUUCCGACUUCCCAGUUGUCUUGAACUCACUGAAGUCUGAGAUUUCCCAGUUCCGAGUUGUUUUGAACGCAGCGGAAGUCAUGCUGGAUUGACAGCAUGGCCAGUGUAUUCAACCUUUUCUGGCCCAUGGUGUUUUGCGAGUGAAUGUUUAUCCUUUUAAGCUUGGAAAAGAUACCCUUAAACCCAGACUUGGACCACACACCCUCUCCACUGAAUAGCAGGCUAGUGAUUGCUUUGCAAAGCUUGCAGUUAUCCUCGAUGCAGGAUGUUCCAUCAUGGGUGACAGAAGCCUCCACGACAACUCAGGAGUCUGCCACAACUGCAUCAGAGGUAGUCACUGGUUCAGUUUGUGUGUCAGUCCAUGUCCAUCUGAGCUCUACUCCAGUCGGGUUGCACAGGUCGUUGAGGUCUGGCCAGCCUUACCAGACCGCAGCACGAGUGUCCAGUUCUCCCAGGAAGUUGUCCUCAGUGUCUGUGGCCAGUGGGACCUUCCUCCUCCGUAAGUCCAGAAGGAGGGAGGCUCUGGCUAACUGCCUCGUCGUCACUGUUGAGCAUGUUCAACAGAUGACUCAGUCUGGUAGCAGUGUAAAUCCACUCGACAUUCCACACACACAUCCAGACACUCACAAAAACACAGGAGUAGAACACACAAACACACACCUCACACAACAUCCAUCAUUUAGAUUCUUUAUCACAUACAGUUGUUUUACCGGUAUUCCCCCUUCUGUUUUCUUCCUCUCCUUGUUUCUAUUCAUAGCCAUACUGGAGAAGUUGGAGGAGCGUUUCUCCCUCCGCUCUCUCUAUUUCUUUGCCUACCUGGCGUUUGGCCUUGGCACAGGCCUUGCUACGCUCUCCACCAACCUCUAUGUGGUGCUGUCUCUCUGUGUCACCUACGGGGUGCUCUUCUCCUCUCUAUGCACACUGCCUUACUCUCUGCUGUGUGAAUACUACCAGAGCCCGCAGGUUAGUGAAUAUCAAUGGGAAUACACUGAAUACAACACAUAAAUGUGAACAUAUUAUAUAAUGUUCCGAAUUUUGUUUUUGGUGACAGUAUUUUAUACAGUAUUGGUCAAGUGUUUUGAUAUAGCACGGUACUCUGUGUCUUUAUAGAUGUAUUUGGAUAAGUGUGUUUGUUGUAAAAGUGUUCACAGUAUCACUCGUACAUGUGCCGUCUCUCUCCUCUUGUGUGUGUGUAGUUCUGUGGCUCGUCAGAGGAAGGGACCAGGAGAGGGAUGGGGGUGGACAUCUCCCUGCUCAGCUGCCAGUACUUCCUAGCUCAGAUCAUAGUCUCUGUGGCGAUGGGACCUCUGACCUCGCUGGUGGGCGGGGCCCAGGGAGUGAUGUACUUUUCCAGCGUGAUGUCAUUCGUGGGCUGUCUGUACUCCUCCCUAUGCGUGGUGUACCACCUGCCCCCCCCUGAGGGUGAGCCUUCCGAAUGCGAGACCCAGCCACUACUGGUGCACAUUUAG